CACAGGGUCUGAUGGGAGUUGUAGGCCCGGGCUCCGCAGAGCAUGCUGGGAGUCAUAGUCAGCGCACCCUUAUCCGCGGGGAUCUGGUGAGAGUUGUAGGCCUGAGUUCCGCGAAGCAUGCCGGGAGUUGUAGUUCGCUCCUGCCCGCGCUCGACUGCGCGCGUCAUGGCCGCCGGCGCUGCGCUCACUUACCCUUCCGCUUGGCCACAGAAAGUUUCGGUUCUGCCCGGCGGUGGACCCACGAGCGCGUGCCACCAUGGGGUCUGAUCGCCACUAACUGACAGCCUUUCUCUGGACACACACGGCCAAGAGAGGUAUAUUUGCCAUGGCUUCCAUCAGUGCCGAGAGCCAGCUGCAGAGGAUCAUCCGCGACCUGCAAGAUGCGGUGACGGAACUAAGCAAUGAGUUUAAGGAAGCAGGAGAGCCCAUCACAGAUGAUAGCACCAGCUUGCACAAGUUUUCUUACAAGCUUGAGUAUCUCCUGCAAUUCGAUCAGAAAGAGAAGGCCAGCCUCCUGGGCAACAAGAAAGACUACUGGGAUUACUUUUGCGCCUGCCUAGCCAAGGUGAAAGGAGCCAACGAUGGGAUCCGAUUUGUCAAGUCCAUCUCAGAGCUCCGAACAUCUCUUGGGAAAGGAAGAGCCUUUAUCCGCUACUCCUUGGUGCACCAGAGAUUGGCAGACACCUUACAGCAGUGCCUCAUGAACACCAAAGUGACCAGUGAGUGGUACUAUGCAAGAAGUCCCUUUCUGAAGCCAAAGCUGAGCUCAGACAUCGUAGGCCAACUCUAUGAGCUGACCGAGAUUCAGUUUGACCUGGCAUCCAGAGGAUAUGACUUAGAUGCUGCCUGGCCGACAUUUGCCAGGAGGACACUAACCACCGGCUCUUCUGCUUACAUGUGGAAACCCCCCAGCCGAAGCUCCAGCAUGAGCAGUUUGGUGAGCAACUACCUGCAGACUCAGGAGAUGAUCUCCAGCCUUGACCUGAAUAGUCCUCUGAACAAUGAAGCACUGGAGGGUUUUGAUGAGAUGCGGCUGGAGCUGGACCAAUUGGAGGUGCGGGAGAAGCAGCUGCAGGAACGGGUGCAGCAGCUGGACAGGGAGAACCAAGAGCUACGGGCAGCAGUCAGCAUGCAGGUGGAGAAAGAGAAGGAGCACACUGCAGAAGAGGACAAGGGCCACCUUGUGGUCCUGGUGGCUGAGCUCCAGAAGCAGUAUGAGGUCUCCCAGGCCACCCAGGAUACUGUGAAGGAGCUGCAGACAUGUCUGCGGGCCCUGGAGCUGGGUGUGGCUGAGAAGGAGGAAGACAACCACUCAGUCCUGCGGAGGAUGGAGGCCAUGCUGCAGCCCCUAGCACAGGAGCUUGAGGCCACACGGGACUCCAUGGGCCGUAAGAACCAGCUUCUAGACAGCCUUUCAGACUGGCUGGCCAGGGCUGAGAAGGCCGAUACAGCACCAAACACAAAGUGGCAACAAGAGCCUAUUACCACUGACUCGGCCCUAAAGAUCCAGGAGCUAGGGGAGAAGCUUCAAGCUCUGGAAGGAGAGAGCGCCAAGGUUCAGGAGCUCAAUAGGCAGCAGAGUGCUCAGCUGGAGCAGCUGGUCAAGGAGCUGCUGCUGAAGGAGGAGGCCCGGGCCAGCCUGGAGCACCUGGUGGAGGAGAUGGCCCCACUUCGGGAAGAGCUGUCUGGGAAGGGGCAGGAGGCAGCCAAGCUCCGGCGUCAGUUACAGGAGUCACUGGCCCACAUGAGCUCAGUGGAGGAGGAGCUGGCAGAGGCAAGGCAGGAGGAAAAGCUGCGGCGGGAGGAGAAGGGACUGCUGGAGCAGGAGGUCCGGUCUCUGACCUGGCAGCUGCAGCUCUUGGAAACUCAGCUGGCACAGGUGAGCCAGCAUGUGAGUGACCUGGAAGAACAGAAGAAGCAGCUGAUCCAGGAGAAAGACCACCUCAGCCAGAAGGUGGGUGCACUGGAGCAGCUCACUCAGCAGCCAGGCCCAGAACUACCUGGGGCCAGUGAGAGUAGUGAGGCCCCUGCUUCCCUGAGCUCCACCCUACAACAGGUGCGUGAGAAGUCAGAGGAUGGGCAGCAGUGCCUGCAUGAAGAACAGGUGGACAGUGCCAAGGUGCAGGGGGGUGAGCAGGAGAUGCAGCUCCAGCAGGCCAACACAGAGCUGCAGAAGGAACUGCAGAACAUGACUGAGCGCAACCAGCUCUUGGAGGGCAAGCUGCAGGCCCUACAGACCGAGUACCAGGCACUGCAGCAGCGGGAGGCAGCCAUCCAGGGCUCCCUGGCCUCCCUGGAGGCUGAGCAGGCCAGCAUCCGGCAUUUGGGCAACCAGAUGGAGGCAAGCCUCCUGGCAGUGAAGAAGGCCAAGGAGGCCAUGAAGGCCCAGGUGGCAGAGAAAGAGGCUGCCCUGCAGAGCAAGGAGGGUGAGUGCCAGCAGCUGCGGGAGGAAGUAGGGCAGUGCCGGCAGCUGGCAGAGACCCGGGAUGGGGAGCUCAGGGCUCUUGAGAGCCAGUGCCACCAGCAGACCCAGCUGAUCGAAGCCCUCACAGCAGAAAAAGGCCAACAAGGGUUCGGGCCAUCCCAAGAUGAUGCAGCCCAGCUGACCCUGUGUAAGGCACAGCUAGCAGUCCAUCAUGGGGAGGCCCAGCGGCUUCAGGCAGAGGUGGUAGACCUCCAAGCCAAGCUCCACGUAGCCCUGCAUGACCGGGACAAGGUACAGAGCCAGCUGAGUGUGGCUGAGACCAUCCUGAGGGAACAUAAGACCCUUGUGCAGCAGCUGAAGGAACAGAACGAAGCCCUUAACAGGGCCCACGUCCAGGAACUGCUGCAGUGCUCAGAGCAGGGAGGUGUACAACAGGAGGAGAGAGCCACAGAGGCCCAGCAGUGGGAGAAGGAGCUGCAGGCCCUGAAGGCUGAGCUGUUGCGUAUCAGAUGCAGCUCCGAGGAAGCCCAGUUGGAACAUGCUGAACUUCAGGAGCAGCUGCACCGGGCCAACACGGAUACAGCCGAGCUUGGCAUCCAGGUCUGCGCAUUGACCGCGGAGAAGGAGCGGGUGGAGGGAGCACUGGCUUCUGCUGCCCAGGAGCUCCAGGACUCCAAAGAGGUAGCUGCAAGGGAGCGAGAGAGCCUGGAGCGCCAAGUGGCAGGGCUGCAGCAAGAGAAGGACAGCUUGCAGGAGAAGCUGACGGUGGCAGAGGAGGCAGCCAGCUCAUUGCCUGGCCUGCAGGCCCAGCUGGCCCAGGCUGAGCAGCGGGCCCACAGCCUCCAAGAGGCUGCACACCAGGAGCGUGACACCCUCAAGUUCCAGCUGAGUACUGAGAUCAUGGACUACCAAAGCAGACUAAAGACUGCCAGCGAGGAGGGCAGGAGCCUCAGGGCCCAGCUUGAGGAGCAAGGACAGCAGCUACAGGCCGCUGAGGAAGCUGUGGGCAAGCUGAUGGCCUCCCAAGCUGCCAUGGGGGAGAAGCUGAGCUGCACCAGCAACCAUCUUUCAGAGUGCCAGGCUGCCAUUCUGCAGAAGGACAAGGAGGCAGCUGCCCUCCGUGAAAACCUGGAAAGGACACAGGAAGAACUUGGAAAGGCCUCAACAAAAAUCCAAGAAUAUUACAACAAACUCUGCCAGGAGGUAACAGACCGAGAGAUGAAUGACCAAAAGAUGCUUGCAGACCUGGAUGACCUGAACAGAACUAAGAAGUACUUGGAGGAGCGGCUGAUAGAGCUGCUCAGGGACAAGGAUGCUCUCUGGCAGAAGUCAGAUGCCCUGGAAUUCCAGCAGAAGCUCAGUGCUGAGGAGAAGUGGCUUGGGGACACGGAGGUGAACCACUGCCAUGACUGCAAGCGAGAGUUCGGCUGGAUGGUGCGGCGGCACCACUGCAGGAUAUGUGGCCAUAUCUUCUGUUACUACUGCUGCAACAACUACGUCGUGACCAAGCACGGUGGCAAGAAGGAGCGCUGCUGCCGAGCCUGUUUCCACAAGUUCGGCGAAGGCCCUGCUUCCCCUGAUAGCACCAGCUCAGGCACUAGCCAAGGAGAGCCGAGCCCCAUGCUGUCACCAGCCCAAGCAGGGACCCAGGCCAUAGGAAGUCAAGAAACCAGAGCAAACCCAGACUACAGACCACCAGAUGAUGCUGUGUUUGACAUCAUCACAGAUGAGGAGUUGUGCCAGAUCCAGGAGUCUGGCUCUUCCUUGCCUGAAACACCCACUGAGACUGAUUCUGUUGACCCAAGUGUAGCUGAACAAGACACCACGUCAAACUCGUUGACUCCUGAGGACGCUGAGGACAUGUCCGUUGGGCAGGAUGCUGAAAUCUGCUUGCUGAAGUCGGGGGAGCUGAUGAUCAGAUUACCCCUCACAGUGGAAGAGAUCACCAACUUCGGGGAGGGCAACAGGGAGCUGUUUGUGAGGUCCAGUACCUACAGCCUGAUUCCCAUCACCGUGGCUGAGCCAGGCCUCACCAUCAGCUGGGUCUUCUCCUCUGACCCCAAGAGCAUCUCUUUCAGCGUGGUCUUCCAGGAGGCAGAGGACACACCACUGGAUCAAUGCAAGGUCCUCAUUCCCACGACCCGAUGCAACUCCCACAAAGAGAACAUCCAGGGCCAGCUCAAGGUCCGCACACCUGGCAUCUACAUGCUUAUUUUUGACAACACCUUCUCAAGGUUUGUCUCCAAAAAAGUAUUUUACCACCUGACGGUUGACCGGCCUGUGAUCUAUGAUGGAAGUGACUUCCCAUAGUGUCAGGCACCUGGAUGUUGGUAACCUCACUUCUUCCACAGGAAACACUACUCUUCCUCACCUGUCACGAAAAGGACAAAAAAAAGAAAAAAGAAAAGAAAAGAUAAGGAAGCAGCUGUGCCCAGCUCAGCAGCUCUGCAGCACUGGUAGAGAGGCCCCAGCUGCUCAGAAGCUCUGCUGUCUGGGCACACCACCCAUUGCCGCUCACAGUCCCUGUGGCUCCCAGGGGCUCCAGCCACAUUUCCACUUGUGAGAGAUCCAGCUUCCUCUCCCCCAAAGGGAUACCUGCCAAAGAUUUAGACUCUCAAGAGGCUGGUAGUCUUGCCUGGAACCCAGUAGGUGACCACCUCCUGUGGAGAGUUUCACAGGCCAGGUGUCUUCUCAACUUGUACCUCAGAGAGGGAUGUCCUGCCCAUGGCCAGGCUUCCUGGUGGCCAUGAGUCAGCUGACCUGGCCAUUCUCUGUGAGUCCUCAGGCUGUGAGGCCCUCAGGCAAUUCCAGGAAAAGGAGACCACAUGGCCACCAUGCAAGGUGGAGUGUGGGAAGUGAGGGUGCCCCCCAGCCUCCUCCUCCUGUCAUGCUGCUGUCCCUUACUGGCCCAGUAGGUAUGGCACUGCUUCAGUACUCAGCAGUUUGGGAAGGGCUCUGAACUGUACUUUCCUCCUGGCCCUUGUAUCCUCAGGCAAUGCCCUCCACCCAGCCAGGCUUCUCAGAAGCUCAGAAAUCACCUUAAAAACCAACUAAGAUAGCUGGGAAGCCACAUCCAACCUAUGCUGUGGCUGGGGCCCAAAUGAUGGCUGGAAUUGACCCAUGAGCACAAAGUAGAACCAUGCAUUGGUCUCCAGGGCUCACUCCUCAGCUGACGUCCUCACAGGCAGAUGUUUUCUAACAAGAACCAGGAUCAGAAUCACUUUCAAACACUGGGAUCUGUAAAACAGAAGUCUGAUAACUUAAGAACCAAAGUAUCAGAGGCAUGGUUUAUUCUUGUUCCUGUCCCCCACCUGUUAGCCCCAAUACCCAUUUUCCUACUUCCUGCUGCUUGGCUUGCACCUGACACCCAGGAGACAGCUUCUCUGGAGCCAGGUAGAUCUUGUUUCCUUUUUCUGGACAAGAGUUAGAUCAUCUUCCUAUUCUCUGAGGCCCUUUUCUUCUCCCACCACAAACAACUCACCUUUGAUGUCCCAUAUGAGGCUAGCCACCUAUAGUCACAUGGGCAGAGCAUCUUACGAAGCAGCCCACUUUGGCCAGGGGCAAUGGAGAGAGCACUGUACAAGUUGGCAGAGGAUCUAAGUUCUGGUCCAUGCUAUUCCUCCAUCUAGCCUUGACCCAAGUCAAGUCACACCCCCUCUCAUAGCUUCACUUGUCCAUCCAGAACCCUGGGGUACCCUGUUAAAAGGCUUGAGAAUAGGUCAGAGUCUCCAGGUCAGGUCCAGCACAGACCCUAGGCCUACCAUGGACUAGGAGCCCCUGUCACAUUACCAGCAGAGAGGGCACUCAUGGGCCACAAAUAAAGGGAAGUGACUUCUGAAAUGCACUCAGCCUUUAACCUAAACAGGGGAAUCGGGCAUUUGCAGUCAGGGUGAUCUGGAUCAAGGAGAAAUGAGCAGAAUCCUUCAAAGAGCUCAACCCAGAGAAAAGCUGGACCUCUGUGUUCUUUGUCCUCAGAGCAGCCUCUCUGGCAGAAAGCUGUCAGGUGCUCUGUCAUCUCCUGCUGGCCAGACUCUUCCUGGCCUAAGUGUGUACUCACAGGCAUGCCACAUGGUCUGAAAUUGCUCAGGAUCCAAUAUUCCUGCCAUUGAACCCAUCCACUUUUUUGAAAAGAGUGAUCAGAAGUCAGCUUACUCACCAUGAGAAAGAAACUACCACAAGAACACCCAGCACCAUCUAGAAUCUUAUUUUGAGUGUCUGGCGUUCCCAGCAUAUCUUGGAGACUCUGGAGUUGCCCCUGGUAGCAAGAACCCUUUUCACUCAGCAGCUCAUGUGUUUUGACCUGUGAAGGGCCUGGACCUUCCACCUGAGUUUCUGGACAUCUUUCACAAGUUACAGCAAGAAACCAGUUGCAGCUUAAAAGACUACUUGGCUCUUGUGAAGCCAACCCAGAACCGCUCCCCAACUGCCUUGUAUGAAAUGCCUUUACUGCAUGCUGAGCACUGUCCAGGCCCCAGUGUUCACUUCCUGACUCUCUGGUUUCAGUAGCAUAUUUUUUGUGCUGACUGGAUGUUUGUACCAUAUUAGUUCACUAUUGAGGCUCCAGUUUGCUGUGCACUACAUAGCUAGAGAACAUCUUAGCCUUUUCAAGUGUGGCUUUUACAAAUAGCUUUAUUCUUAUUUUAAGCAGUUCCCAGCUUUACUGAGGACUGGUGGUUGAGCUAAUUUUUUUUAAAUGCAAAUGACAAUUGAAGAAUCACUGUUGUAGAAGGCAGCCCAGCUGACUGACGUACACUAGAAGUCAUAAGGAAACAUCCCGGGGAUCCCAGAUUAACCACUGCCACUGAAGCCACUAAUCUAUGUCACCCAAGAAACACAUCAGUUUCCAGACAUGCUUAUCAGCAAACAGGAAAGCACGUUGGGGAUAAAGUGUGAUCCUCCAUGUCCAAGUGGACUCUACCCAGCAUUUCUAAUGGAAACACACUGGACUCUGGUAGACUGAACCAAGGACAGAUAAAGAAGUUCUCAAGCAGGAAUCUGGAACUGAAAAUCCCACAGGAUUUGGAAAUUAGAAAUAAAAAGCCACAUUGUAUAACUCAAAAAUAAAGGAAAUGGUGUUUUCUGAAGUUUUCCAGUUGUCACCUAAGAUGAUGAAGCCAUUCCUGGCGCAAAUGGAAGGAAGCCCUCAUUCAGGGAUGGACCCCAGAGUCCAUGUUUUUGAUAUAGUUUCAUGCUCAUUGAUUUUUAUCAGAGUUUCCUUUUUAGAAGUCCACCUCAAUAUUCUACCUGGGAGAAUUAUUCAGGCAAAAAAGCCAUUCUUGGCUCAGAAGUAUUGGGAAUUAAGGCAGAGAGAAGCAUAUGGUGCUCAGAACCAAGGGCUAUCAUAUGCCUAAAGACCAUUGGGACAGCUACUCAGGUUUACAGAAGCAAGCGCUGCUUAGUUUUCCUCAUUUCAUUGCGAUUCUUCAAAGGAAAUGAGAAAGAUGGAAUUAAUCAUUCCCUUUUCCUCUUAGGCACCUUUUAAAAACAAUAAAGUAUAGCUUUAAAUUUCAGGAGGUAUCUCCUUAAGAAAAGGGCUACUUUUAGAGCUCGAUGAUGUGUGUUACCUAGAGUUGCUCUGCCUCUGAUGGCCUCUGGUGGCUGCAGCAACACCCAAGCCUCUGUAGACAGACAUCAAUCGGAAUGCACUUUAACUGACUAAUCCUCUCUUCAAGUGGCCUUAUAGGAUGGCGACUCUGAGAACCCAUUUCAUUCUUACCUACCAAAGAAUUACUCAGAAGCACAUCAGAUACUAACACCCCACCUGCACAAUCGGGGUGAGAAAACUUUGUAUCCCAAAACAUACUCCUUUACAGCAUCUGUAUAUUUUUUAACCUUGGGAUUUAAAUAAAGUGAACACUAUGACAUUUAGAGAAGUAUUGUCUUUCAUUCCUUUGAAAAGGACCAAUCCAAAGACGUACCCAGACCCAUCCUGAGCUGCACUACCCAAUAGGGAGGCAAAACAUCUCUUAGGGUGGCUUUGUAAAUGUGUGAGCUAGGACAUAGACUGAGGAUUUGCCAUGUGGCCUGGCAUCCAGAUACUUCCUGUCGCUCCCCAAGGGUGGGGUUCAGACCUGCCUGAGCCCAUAUGCCUGCCCUUCCACUGUCCCCUGCCCACUGAUCUUUGCCCCCAUUCGCAUGACCCCAGCUCUAUCCCAUGGUAAGGAACUUCUAAUUUGCCAGCAUGGUGAAGUGGUGGAGAAAGACCAUAGGGUCUAAAACAAUGAUUAAUCAAUAGGUGGCUGGCUGGCAGGGCAGCAAAGAGCCUGGCCCCAGGCACAGGGCCAUGUUCUGGCCAUUCCUGCACACCAGAUUGAAGUCAGACUGGGUGGCCCAGCCACAGACCCCUCACCCGAUGUGUGGGAAUGACCAAAGGCUCCAUCCCUCAAGUGCCCUGUGCCUCAAAGAACAUCAUCCAGCACCCACCGUACCCUCUUCCUCCUUCUACCUCCCCGCAAUUUUCUUGUGAUUGCCUCUUUAAUCAGUCACAUUUUCCAUAGCUCAUCCUCCCUCAAGGGCAAGGGGCUGUGUCUCAUUCAUCUUCAUCACCCCCCACCUUCCACACCCCAUAGCAUGGAGCAACGUGCUAGACACAAGAGGACUCAAAAUGUACUGAGUCAGUGAAGACGCUGGACAGUCUCAAUGCCUUGGGACAGCUAAAAGUCAUCUGCAGUCCCAUUAGCCACCAACUCUGCCAGGGACAGAAGCUUCUGAAGCCCUCUAGGGCAGAAAAGGGCAAAAGGCAGCCUACAGGAGGGGAUAGGAGGACAGCAGAUGUGUCUGGUCACUUGGUCCUCUUAUGUUGAAGAUGCCUUCAAAUCAGUCCUCUAACCAUUUGUUAAUGGAGUGAAGUAAUGGAAAGUUCGUUGACCUAAAUGUCGAAAGCAACAUGUCAGGAUUUCUUUGCUAAUGUAACAGUGCCUCCAGAGGCUUGGUGGCCACAGGGUAGAGGCUGGAAUGAGAACCAGCCGAGACCCACACACGUAUGCAUGCUGCAUCUGGGGCUGGCAUCUGGGAACCGCCAAGUCAGAACCUUCCAUUCAGCCUCACCCCACCUGCUAAAACCACUGAGGAACAAGCUGGCCAGUCUCUGCUGGAGGGUUUCCAAACCCACAUCCAAGAAGCUUGAAUCCCAGUGAUCCUAGCUCAGUUCAGGGUCUGAGAUGCCUCAGCAUACAAAGGUGCCCCGCCUGUCCCAGCCACAGCCACCCAGAUGGUGCUAGAGACUCCCUGGGUGACUCAGAAGGCUCUCGCUGCAAGGUGAGCCCUUUCAGUUUGGAAAUGCAUGGGAAAAAUCUCUCACCACCCACAUACACUCAUCUGAAAAGCAAAUAGAUGAAACUUGUCACCUGAUGAGAAAACGGACUUUUUUUUUUUUUUUUGAGGUAGCAGUUGAAGCUAAAGCCAUCAAAACCCAGGGGGAUAUCAUAGUUAUUAUGAAAGAUGUGCAAAGUGGGUUAGGGUUGAAAGAAAGGGCAGCCUUUGACUUUCCCUUCACCCGCCAGCUUCUGACGAAGGAUGGUAAAGCCAGCAGAAGUGUGAUCACCACCCCUGGCCUUUGAUGUGGCCCCUCUGCAUCCCCAUACCACAGACUCUGUGGGAGAGCAGACAGUGUGGUGUCCUCACAACCUUCUGGCACGUCUGCACUGUGGUUAUCUCAGAGCAAGCGUGAUGCCUGGAGUAAACGAAGUCUUCUUAGCUAAAAAGUGUAUAAACCAGACAGGCCUUGCAAAGACACAUGUGUCCUCACUAAGAAGAAGGCCCCAUUUCUAGACUACUUUGGCUUCAGUCUGCAGGUCCACAGAAUCAGAGAUGAUUUUGUGAGGGUCUCUCCAGCUCUCUGUCCCCAGAUGGACUCUAGCUGAGUCACAAAGAGAGAAGGAAACCAUUUCCUGGAGGCCCAUCUCUAGGUCAGUGGAGCAGGUGCUGUCUUCUUCCUGACCUGAAGAAAGGAUAGCUGGCGAGAAAUGUGGGGGGCAUAAACCAAACAGAGAAGAAAAAAGGGAUGAGAACAGAGGAAUUUACAGGAGGGGCCUUCCCCGGCUGCACUCCAGGCUAGGUUAGUAGACUCCAUCUUUGUCAUGGAGGAAAGGAAUAGUGGGGAAAUAGUGUCAAUGUGGCUGAAGCCAACCACCACAUAUGGGCAGGCAACAUUUUACUGUUAGCAAAAUCUGGAUCAUGGCCUCAUCAGAUACCAAGACAGUGACUGCAGACAGUCCAGUGUGUUUCACUGCCUCUGAAGCCUGCUUCAAGGCCUCAUCUGACCCAAAGGGCAGCAAUUUCAGUCCCUCAGGAGCCUGUGCACAGAGAUGGGGUCCAAGUGUGGGCCCUGACAUCAUCACAAAGGCAUCUAUCUACACCAGCAAAAAAAAAAAAA